UGAUGCUAACACAGGAAGGACUUGGCUUUGGCUAGUCGAAGAGUUACCAGAGCGAGAGAUAAAGCAACAAAUUCAACAGUACAUACACUGAUUUCAAAUGGCCGGAACAGCUUCAGUAGCUGGUGAAGUGUUUGUCGAUGCCUUGCCAUAUUUCGACCAAGGUUACGAUGCAGCCGGUGUCAGAGAAGCGGCUGCAGCUCUUGUUGAAGAGGAGACCAGAAGGUAUCGACCUACAAAGAACUACCUGAGCUACCUGCCCACUCCUGACUUCUCUACGUUUGAGACAGAAAUAAUGAGGAAUGAGUUUGAGCGGUUGGCAGCUCGGCAGCCCAUGGAUCUCCUGAGCAUGAAGAGAUAUGAGCUGCCAGCGCCCUCAUCAGGACAGAAGAAUGACAUCACUGCCUGGCAGGAGUGUGUGAACAACUCCAUGGCCCAGCUGGAGCAUCAGGCAGUCCGCAUUGAAAACCUGGAGCUCAUGUCGCAGUAUGGAACCAAUGCAUGGAAAGUCUACAAUGAUAACUUAGCGUUCAUGAUUGAGAUGGCACAAAAGGAACUUCACAAAUUCAGAAAGCAAAUUCAAGAUUUGAACUGGCAGCGUAAGAAUGAUCAGCUGGCAGCGGGAGCCAAACUGCGAGAGCUGGAGUCUAACUGGGUGUCUCUGGUAAGUAAGAACUAUGAGAUAGAACGGGCUAUCGUCCAGCUGGAAAACGAAGUCACUCAGCUCAGACAACAGCAGGGGGACGAGAACAAAGAGAACAUCCGACAGGACUUCUAGAGCAGCAGCUUCCACCAUCACAGCACUGGUCCUCAAACUGAUGAUCCAGUUGGACAGUUUUCAUCUGGUUUUUAAAUGGCUGACUGUACAAUGGACGCAGCCCAAGACGGCAAAGUUCCCUGUAUGGAGAAGAUUUAAUUAUGUCAUGCAGUGACAGAAGGAGUUUCUCAUGAACCUCAGGUAGCAGCACACAUUUUUACCAGACUUUAAACCUACUGCAAAGGCAGAGGUGGAAUAUAGUGUUUCUAAGUGGACCUUUCCACAGACCUUUAAAGCAAGAUUAUGUAGAUUUUACACCAACAUAUAACACAUUUAUUACACUUCAGUCAAGGGUUUUACUGCUGUAGCUUCCAGUCUGAUAUGACUGGUAGCUUGUUUGUUUAUGCUAACGUAUGCUAGCGACUUUCCAUGGACUUCGCAGUGUACUUGACAUUAUUGAGUCAGUCUGCUCUCUUUUAGGUUCUUUCCCUCUCCUGCCACUGCUAUGCUAGCAUUAGCUUUCAACAUCAUUCCAUAAAUGCCUCAAUAUGUUGUUCAGCCAAAGUUUCACAGUCUUGGUUUAAAAUGUAGUGAAUAUACCUGCAUGUUAGUCUUUAAAGUUGCCUUCCAGCAGAUGACUGCGUUUGGAAUAAGUGUACAUAUUGUAGUUUGCCAAGUCUGUUGAGGAUGAUGAUCUUUGUAAACCCAACCUUGUCAUUUGCUAUACUUUUAAUAAAACAAAAAACUUUUCUUGUA